AUGGAUCCGGAAGGACUUGCAGUGCAGAAGAAAUCAGUGGACCUCCAGACCAAUGCGUGUGUCACUGCAGCCAGGUUGGUCCCCAAGCAUCAAUGGGAGGAAGCCCUGAAGAAUACUCUUGAGGAAGUAGUUUUGAGGUAUUAUGGCUGUGGUCUGAUCAUCCCUGAGUAUCUGGAAAACUGCUGGAUUUUGGACCUGGGCAGUGAAAAUGGCAGAGAUUGCUAUGCACUUAAAUAUUUAGCCUUGUUUAGACUAAUUCUGCUGUUUCUGCGUGGCGGGGAGCUAUAUUUCAGUGACGUCUAUACUAGCCUUGAAUUGCCAGAAGAAAUCAGGACACACAAAAUUUUAUGGGGUAGGUUGCCUGGUGGUGCUUUGUACUGGAAGGACUUUGUCAUCCUUACCUCAGAAAUUGCGUUCUGCCCUUCACGUUUGGUCACUGCCAAUCUCAUCAUUCACAAAAAGGAACUAGAAAGAGAUCUAAUCACGGACCCAUUCAAGCUUGUGGAAGAGUCUGACAAUAUGAAGUCCAGAUGUUCCCCUGAUGUUGCUAGAGGCUGCUGUGGCACAAAGAAAAGCUGCUAAAACUACAGCUGACCUGAAGACAUUGGGCAGGAGGCUAAGAAAUAAGUUAUAUAUGCCUUUUAACCUGCUCUUCUCCAUAGCACAGACCAUAAGAAAGAAUAAAUAGCAAAAAGGCACCAUAUUCUAGAUAAUUGAUAAAAAGAAAUGAAUUGUUUUUAGAUGAUAUUAAUGAAGGGUUCAUAGCAUAUCACCUAAAGAUGAGCAAAGCACUGUUUCUCUAUCUGAACUUAUUCAAAAUUUUGGUGCCACUUAGUGGUCAGAAAUGGAACUGAGAAGCCGUCUUAAGGCUUGACCAAUGGGCAAGAAAAGCUUCAGAAAUAACAGUUGGCAGAGUUUCAGGAAAAACAUCUUCCUUCUGACCUGCAUAGCACCUUUUAGGCUUUUCAGCAUGUUUGCUCAUUAAACAAAGCUCCUACUGAAAUUGUGCUAAUCAUGACAAAAGAUUGCCAAAUCAAAUUUGGUAGGCGUGCCCUUAACUGGUCUGUUAAAUCAAACACUUAAAAGAAAUCCAGAAAGAAGAAAACAAAUGAAUAAUAAAUUUUUUUGACCUCAAUAAAUUUUUUUAACUCUAAUAUAUGACAAUGUAAUGACUAUCUAUAGUAAAUCCUAACUAGAUCAGGAAAAGAGUUUGAUAAUUUUUAAAUGAAGAGCUAGGAUAUUGGUGGGUUUUCUUUUUCCUUUACAAGGCACCCCAAGAAAGUAUUAGAUUUAGUUCUGGUUUCCACAGUUAAAGAAAAUUGAGGAAUAUUUCAAGGCUGAUUACAUCAUUAGAAAUUAAGAACAUCAAGGAAAGUUUCAAGAAUGAUUAAAUAAAUUGAAGCCCAGUUGUACUUGAAGACUUUGU